AUGGCCGCCAACGACUACUACAACACGUCGUACCCGCCCACGGGCCCCGCGACCGGCCACGCCGCCAGCCCGCUCGACCGCACCGACGCUGCCCUGCCGCCGCUGCCCGCAAAGCAGCCGCAGUCGGCUGUCUCGCCCGCGGGCUCGCCCUUUGACGACGGCACGUACCCGCCGUACCCUAACAACAACAUGCACAACACACAGUCGUCCGGCGCGCUCGGCGGGAUGCCCGACACCGCAUAUCAUGGCCCGCCCGACACCGCAUAUCAUGGCGCCCCCGACACCGCCUACCACGGCCCGCCGCAGUACGGCCACAACACGUUUGCCAGCCCGUACGACACGCCGCCGGCCCACGGGCGCAACGACCCCUUCGCCGACCAGAACGCCAUCCCGCUGCAGAACAAGACGAGCGGCCUCAGCGGCGAGCCCGCGCGCUACAACGCCGACCCGGAGAACAUGUACCCGCCGCACGACAACAUGUACCCGCCGCGCGAGAAGCGCCGGCGCAAGCCCAAGAAGAAGGAGGGCUGGUUCAGCGGCCGCGUCACCUGGGUCGUGUACAUCCUGACCGUCGUGCAGAUUGGCGUGUUUGUCGGCGAGCUGAUCAAGAACGGCAUGCUCACCGGCUCGCCCAUUCAGACCAAGCCCAACUUCAACAUCAUGAUCGGGCCGUCGCCCUACGUGCUGAUCAACAUGGGCGCCCGCUUCACGCCGUGCAUGCACAACAUCGAGAAGGUCAUUGUCAACAACGUGCAGUCCUGGCCCUGCCCCAACACCACCUCGCUCGACCCGGGCUCGCUGACGUGCUCGCUCGACGAGCUCUGCGGCCUCGGCGGCGUGCCCGACCAGAGCGGCGUCACGCAGUUUGCCGACCGCUCGCACGAGCCCAACCAGUGGUACCGCUUCAUCAUCCCCAUGUUCCUGCACGCGGGGCUGAUCCACAUCGGCUUCAACAUGCUGCUGCAGCUGACCCUGGGCCGCGACAUGGAGAAGGAAAUCGGGCCGCUGCGCUUCGCCCUCGUCUACUUCAGCGCCGGCAUCUUCGGGUUCGUGCUGGGCGGCAAUUACGCCGCCGACGGCAUCACGUCGGUCGGCGCCUCGGGCUCGCUGUUCGGCAUCCUGGCCCUGACCCUGCUCGACCUGUUCUACAACUGGUCCUCGCGCCGCUCGCCCGUCAAGGACCUGCUGUUCCUGCUGCUCGACAUUGCCAUUGCCUUUGUGCUGGGCCUGCUCCCAGGUCUCGACAAUUUUUCGCAUAUCGGCGGGUUUCUGAUGGGCAUCGUGCUGGGCAUCUGCCUGCUGCACUCGCCGCAGGCCCUGCGCCAGCGCACCGGCGAGGACGAGCCGCCGUACACGACCGUCGCGAACCCCGUGCACGACCCGCAGACCGACGCGGUACCAGCGAGCACAGGCGGGGUGGCGGGCUUAGGGCGGUUCGCAAAGCAGCCCGUGGCGUUCUUCAAGGGCCGCAAGGGGCUGUGGUGGGCGUGGUGGAUUCUGCGCGCGGGCGGGCUGGUGGCCGCGUUCGUGGGCUUUAUCCUGCUGCUCAGGAACUUCUACGAGUGGCGCAAUACGUGCUCGUGGUGCAAGCAUCUGACGUGUUUGCCGAUCAAGACGGGUGGCGUCGAGUGGUGCGAUAUCGGCGGGCUCAAUCUGACGACGACGAGCAGCCAGAGCUCGAAGCGCGAUCUUGGGUUCGAUAUGGCGGCGUAUGCGCUGGACAGCUUUGCGGCGUAUUAG